GCUCUUCUGUCUGAUAGGUUAUGUUGAAAUUCUGAAAUAAGAAAAUAUUGAAAAUAAUAUAAAAAUAAAUUAAAUGGAUAUUUUUCCCUGUAUUGUUGAAUAUUUCUAUUUAUCUAUCACUACCAGAAGUGUCAGAUCCAUGGGAAAUUAAAGUCAAAUGCAUUUUCUCGAAAUAUGGCUUCAGAACUUGGGGAACAUAUAAAAGAUAAUGAAGCUUUGCUUAAUUCAGAAGGUAUUAAUGUUUGGAGUGCUACUCAAGAGUCAUUAGAAAAUCAAGCUUUGAAUGAACUCAGAGAAUUUGCUAAGGAAACUGCUGCAAAACAAGAAAAUGAAAAUAAAGACCAGAUUGAAGAUGAAGAACCAAAAUCUAAGGAACUUAUUAUUCUUGAAAAUUACAUUCGAAAACAGGAAGAGUUAAGAAAACUUCAAAUCCAGAAAAAAAUAAGUGAGAAACCCAAACAAGUUGUCCCUGAAGAUAAAGAUCAGAAUAAAGAUUAUGUAAUAUUGAAAAGAAAAAAUGUUAGUGGCCCAGAUAGUAAACGAAAGAAAAAGAUCCUAAAAGUGGAAGAUAAACAUGCCCCCAAUUCAAAAGAUGAUGAUAGCUCAUGUAGUGAAUAUAUUCCAUCAGAAGAAGAUUCAGAUUAUGACUACGAAGGCAAUUUGAGUGCCCAUAUAUCUGUGAAACGCAGUACAAAUAACAAAUUCAAGGAUUUGGAAAAAUUAAAAGAUGAUGGAUUAAUUGAUGAUUAUAACUUUAGAUUAGAUCAUUAUUAUAAGCAGUUAGAAAAGAGAGACGAGGAAGAUAAUGCCUCCUCAUCAGAAAACACUGUCAGUGAUAAAAAAAUUGACGGUGUAUUGAAAGUUCCUGCAAAGUAUUGGAACAAGUUAUAUAAGUAUCAACAGAAAGGUGUGAAAUGGUUAUGGUCAUUGCAUCAGAAAUCAUCAGGCGGAUUGCUUGGUGAUGAAAUGGGCUUAGGAAAAACUGUACAAAUUAUUUCUUUCUUAUAUGCCCUAGAUUAUAGUCGUAUUCAUACCCCAUUUGGAAACUUUGUCGGUAAAGGACCAACCAUAAUUGUUUGCCCAGCUACUGUGAUACAUCAGUGGGUCCAGCAUUUUCAUGAGUGGGCGCCUGAAUUCAGAGUGGCUGUUCUCCACCAGUCUGGCAGAUUUCAAGGGAAUAAAGCUGUAUUGAUAAGGGAUAUAAAUGAAGACAAUGGAGUAUUAGUAACUACCUAUCUUGGAAUACUCAAAUACAAAGGGAACCUCCUGGAUCAUCAUUGGCAUUAUCUUAUAUUAGAUGAAGGACAUAAAAUUAGAAAUGCAACAGCAAAAGUUACUGUAGCUGUCAAACAGAUCAGGACACCUCAUAGGAUUUUAUUGAGUGGUAGCCCAAUGCAGAAUAACUUGCAGGAAUUGUGGAGUCUUUUCGAUUUCACAAAUCCUGGAAUCUUGGGUGCUCUGAAUACUUUUAUGGAACAUUUCAAUAAUCCAAUUAUUCAAGGUGGUUUCGCGAAUGCAUCUCCUAUGCAGGAAGCUACAGCAUUGUCGGUGGCUACUGCUUUGAAAAAUUUGAUAUCACCGUUUUUAUUGAGGAGAACAAAAGCGGAAGUGCAAGACAAUAUAGAGCUCCCAAGUAAGAGUGAACAAGUUUUAUUCUGUUCAUUAAGUGAUUACCAGAGGAUGCUCUACAAGGAUUAUUUGAUGAGUGAACAUGUGAACAAUAUUCUGGGCAGAGGGACAAAAACAUGGAGUUCUGAUAAUUAUAUAAGAGCUAAUAUGUUAAUGGCCAUUACUUCUUUAAGGAAGAUCUGCAAUCAUCCUGAUAUAUUCAUCUAUGAUGAUGAUGAAAUACCUGAAGAGACUGAUGAGGAAAAUAUGUUUGGAUAUUACAAAAAAUCUGGGAAGAUGAUUGUGGUCUCUGCUCUACUUAAAAUAUGGAAGAAGCAAAAACAUCGAGUUCUGCUAUUUUCCCAAGGAAGGGCAAUGAUAAAGAUUUUUGAGAAAUUUUUGCAAGACCAAAAUUAUCAGUAUUUGAAGAUGGAUGGUACAACAUCUAUAGGCUCUAGACAAACUUUAAUAGAUAAGUUCAAUAAAGAUGAAACAAUUGAUGUAUUCCUCCUAACAACAAAAGUUGGUGGACUAGGUGUGAACUUAACAGGUGCUGAUAGAGUCAUUAUUUAUGAUCCAGAUUGGAAUCCAGCCACAGACACACAGGCAAGAGAAAGAGCUUGGAGAAUUGGUCAAAAUAAGCAAGUCACAAUAUACAGAUUAAUCUCAGCUGGUACUAUUGAAGAAAAAAUGUACCAGCGUCAGAUAUGGAAACAACUACUCAGUAACAAGAUUCUGAUUGAUCCUAAAACUCACAGAGCUUUCAAGUCCUCUGAUCUUUUUGAUCUUUUCUCCCUGCAAGAACCCACUGAUAAUUCAAACCCAGAAACAACAAAUAUAUUUCAUGAUUCAAGAGUUAGGAUACAGGAAAAACUAUUAGAAAAAAAGAAAAGCAAAAAGAAAGACAUCAGUGGAGAUGAAAUAGUGUUUUCUGAAGAAAAGAUAGAGAAAAUGAAAUUAUUGGCGCAACAACUGGCGAAAAACAUCACACAAGAGAAACCAGAGUGCAGUAAAACAUCAUAUCAAAAACAAUUGGAAGAAGAAAGAUUGGAAAGGCUCAGAAAGAAGGAAGAACUAAAAAAGUUGUCAGUUCAGGAACUUCUGGUUUUGAAUCGUGAAAAGGCUAAGGCAAAACCUGAAGAUACCUCUAACAAAGUUGAUGAUCGUGAAAUAGCUUGCAGUUUUUCUAAAGCUUUGGAUAUAGCUGAAACUAAAGCUGAGCUCUAUAAUAAACUGAUGGAAGGAAAACUCGAUGUAAAAGUAUUGGAAGAAAAACUAAAUAAGGAAAAGCUAAAAGAAAAAGAAGCUGAAAAAUCCGAGGUAAAAUUGAAGAAUAAAAACAAGGAAGAUAAGAAAAAAGAUAAAAAGGAAAAGGUGUACAUAGAUGAAAGUGGUAAAAUUGAUGGAGAAAAAGUUGAGGGACUGGUAAAAACAGAGAAAAAGAAAUCCAAAAGAAAUGAUACUCAUCAAGAUUCAAACAAAGAUGAUUUUAUACUCAGCAAGUUGUUUUCUAGUAAAGGCGUUUCAGGAGCUCUUGAACAUGACUCAAUCAUCAAGGGAAGUGUAAGGCAGAAUAAUUUAAGAAUAUCAUCAGCUGCUAGUGAGAAGGCACAGAAAGCUAUGCAAGCAAUUACCAAAUCAAGACUUGAAAAAUGGAGGUGGUGAUCUCAGGGAUGAAUGAAUAUGAUCCAAUUGUUAUAUACUCAAAUAUUUAUGCAGUUUUGUAUAUUUUGAAUAAAUCUUUUUUUAUCA